AUGUCCUCCUCCCAAGAAGACCGCCUCCUCCUCCCCGUCAUCGACGCCCACAUCCACAUCUACCCCGAAUCCGAAGUCCCCAACCUCGCCUGGUGCACCCCCGACCACCCGCUGUCGGGCCAAUUCUCCCUCGACCAGUUCAAGCGCGCCGCCCGCUCCGCCCCGUCCCUCCUCGGCUUCGUCUUCGUCGAGACAGACCGCAAGCACGACCUCGACGCCAUCGUCUCCGGCACCGACGACGCCGCCCGCGAGGCCGGCUGGGACGGGCCCCUCCGCGAGGUCCGCUGGCUCAAGCGCGUCGCCCUCGGCGAGCCCCUCCCCGGCGAGGGCCACAGCCCCGAGGACAAGGCCCUCUGCCUCGCCAUCGUGCCCUGGGCGCCGCUGCCCGCCGGCGCCGACGUCCUCGACAAGUACCUCGCGCGUGUGCGGGAGGAGGCCGGCGAGGCUUGGCCCAAGAUCAAGGGGUUUAGGUACCUCCUGCAGGACAAGCCGCACGGCACCAUGCUCGAGGACAAGUUCAUCGAGGGACUCAAGUACCUGGGCAAGCGCGGCUUCUCCUUCGAGGUCGGCAUCGACCAGCACCGCCGCGGCCGCAAGCAGCUCGAGGAGACGGUCGAGAUGAUUGGCCGCGCGCACGAGGGCGUCCCCGACGACGAGAAGGUCGUCUUUAUCAUCAACCACCUCUGCAAGCCAGACCUCACCAUCUACAACGUCUCCUCCGACCCCUCCUUCACCGCCUGGCGCACCGCCAUCUUCUCCCUCGGCAAGUGCGCCCGCACCUACAUGAAGCUCUCCGGCGCCUUCGCCGAGAUGACGCCCGCCCUGCGCGCCCAGACGGCGGACCCCUCCCACGUCUUCCAGUCCCUGCUGCCCUGGCUCGGCGUCGUCCUCGCCACCUUUGGGCCCGGACGCCUCAUGUUUGCCAGCGACUGGCCCGUCUGCGCUGCCGCGCUCGUCGACGACGAAAACAACAACAACAUCGGCUCUGAUAAGGAGAAGAAGAGGCUUGCUCUCGUGGAUGAAAACGAGGCGUGGCCCAGGUGGAAGGAGGUUGUGGAGAAGAUGUGCUGGAUGGCGACGCUGAGCGAUGAUGAUCGCGCCAUGAUCUUUGGGGGGACGGCCAAGGAGGCGUAUAGGCUGUGA